GGGCUCCGUCCCCCCUGAGCUCUCCGUCCGCAGGGCGACCAUGAAGGUGGUGAACCUGAAGCAGGCCAUCCUUCAGGCCUGGAAGGAGCGAUGGAGCGACUACCAAUGGGCCAUAAACAUGAAGCGGUUCUUCCCCCGCGGAGCUACCUGGGACAUCCUCAACCUGGCAGAGGCUCUCCUGGAACAGGCCAUGAUCGGGCCAUCCCCAAACCCACUCAUCUUGUCCUACUUGAAAUAUGCCAUCAGCUCCCAGGUAAGGACCUACUGGCACUACUGUGGGACACCUCCCAGCCCCAGCGAGUUCGAUGACUUCUCCCGGGAUCUGUGUGUCCAGUCGCUGCUGGAGAUCAUGGACAUGUUCUGUGACCGCCUCAGCUGCCACGGGAAGGCUGAGGAGUGCAUCAGCCUGUGCCGGGCGCUGCUGAGUGCCCUCACCUGGCUCCUGCGCUGCGCCGCCUUCUACGCCGAGAAGGUGAAGGAGCCCCUGGAGCAGGCGGCGGCCGAGAACCAGCUGAAGAUGUGCCUGGAGCGGCUGGAGAAGGUGCUCAGCAGCACCAAGAACCGCGCCCUGAUCCACAUCGCCAAGCUGGAGGAGACGUCCUCCUGGAGCACUGUGGAGCAGUCCCUUGUCAAGCUGGGGGAGAACCUGAACAACCUCAGCACGUCCCCGCUGCGGAGCCAGGCUGACGACUGCGUGUCCCUCAUCAAGAGCAUCCCCACCAUGCUCUCGGUCCACUCGGAGCAGCUGAACAAGACCGGGUUCCCCACCGUGCACGCCGUGGUGCUGCUGGAGGGGACCAUGAACCUCACAGGAGAGACUCAGCCGCUGGUGGAGCAGCUCAUGAUGGUGAAGAGGAUGCAGCGCAUCCCCUCCCCGCUCUUCGUGCUGGAGAUCUGGAAGGCCUGUUUUGUGGGCCUCAUCGAGUGCCCCGAGGGCACGGAGGAGCUCAAGUGGACAGCCUUCACCUUCCUGAAGAUGCCCCAAGUCCUGGUUAAACUCAAGAAGUAUCCCCAAGGGGACAGGGAUUUCACCGAGGAUGUGAACUGUGCCUUCGAGUUCCUGCUCAAGCUGACCCCUCUGCUCGACAAAGCCGACCAGCGCUGCAACUGCAACUGCAUAAGCCUGCUCCUGCAGGAGUGCAGCAAGCAGGGGCUGCUCUCCGAGGCCAACAAGACCAACCUGAUCGACAAACGGACAGCGGACAAAGAAAACUCUCCGUGCUUGAAAUCUGCCGAGAAUGCCAACAUCCAGCCAAACCCAGGGCUCAUCCUGAGGGCCGAGCCCACUGUCACCAACAUCCUGAAGACCAUGGAUGCAGAUCACUCCAAGUCCCCCGAGGGCUUGCUGGGGGUCCUGGGUCACAUGCUGUCUGGGAAGAGCCUGGACUUGCUGCUGGCAGCGGCAGCAGCCACGGGCAAGCUGAAAUCCUUUGCUCGGAAGUUUGUCAAGCUGAACGAAUUCACCAAGCAAAUCACUGGAGAAAUCUCCAAGAGCGGCUCAGUGCGAGCCCUGCUCUUCGACAUCUCCUUCCUCAUGUUGUGCCAUGUGGCCCAGACCUACGGCUCAGAGGUGAUCCUGUCGGAUUCGAACCCUCCGGGCGAGGUGCCCUUCUUCGAGACCUGGAUGCUGACCUGCAUGCCCGAGGAGGGGAAGAUCCUCAACCCCGACCACCCCUGCUUCCGCCCGGAUUCCACCAAGGUGGAGUCCCUGGUCGCCCUCCUCAACAACUCCUCUGAGAUGAAGCUGGUGCAGAUGAAGUGGCACGAGGUGUGUCUGAGCAUCUCAGCUGCCAUCCUGGAGAUCCUCAAUGCCUGGGAGAACGGUGUCCUCACCUUUGAGUCCAUCCAGAAAAAUCAGGACAACAUCAAGGGGAAGGGUGUGCAGCAAAUGGACAGUGUGUGCCCGUGGCCCUGGCUGGUGGCACACGUCCGCAUGCUGGCCUGGACCGAGCGGGAGAAGUCCCUGCAGAUGAUCCUUGGCUUAGCUCUGUCGCCACCUCUGUUACGGGUGAAUGAACACGCCUUCCAGUUCUACAACGAGGCGGUGACGUGGUGCAUCAUGAGCCUCCAUCCUGGAGCACAUGUCGCCGACGUCCUGCAGCAAACGGCCACGCAGAUAAGUUCCUUCCACGGGCAUGGACAUAACACAUUUCCCUACUGGAAUCUCCUGCCCCCAAGAAGCCCAUCAAGGGAGGUGAUGACGCAGCGUGUUCACUCAAAGGUGCUGGAGAAAAGGGCUAGGUCGACAGCCGCCUCCAUCCACAUCUUCGACACCCUGCUGCACAAUGGGGGGGUGUACUGGGAGGGGGGCAGACCCUUAGCCCUGCCACGGCCACCCCUCCUCCUGCCCUCCCUCCUCCUGCAGGAGCUGCUGAAGGAGACACGGAAGGAGCACACCCUGGGGCCGUUGGAAGCGUUGGCUACUAUGCCAUCUCUGCUGGAACAUGCAGGCAGUGACGGCUGACGCUGCUGCCACAUCCUGCCCAACCUGCUGACGGACUCCUCCAAGUGGCACACCCUCAUGGACCCCCCUGGGAAGGCCCUGGCCAAGCUCUCUGUGUGGUGUGCCCUGAGCUCCUACUCCUCCCACAACAAGGGCCAGGCCUCGGCCCGGCAGAAGAAGCGGCACCGGGAGGACAUCGAGGAUUACAUCAGCCUGUUCCCGCUGGACGACACGCAGCCCUCCAAGCUCAUGCGCCUGCUGAGCUCCAACGAGGAGGAUUCCAACAUCCUCUCCAGCCCCAAUCGCUCCAUGAGCAGCUCACUCUCUGCUUCCCAGCUCCACACCGUCAGCAUGAGGGACCCGCUCAACCGCGUGCUGGCAAACCUCUUCCUGCUCAUCUCUUCCAUCCUGGGGGCCAAGACAGCUGGCACCCACACCCAGUUUGUCCAGUGGUUCAUGGAGGAGUGUGUGGAGUGCCUGGAGCAGGGCAGCCGUGGGAGCAUCCUCCAGUUCAUGCCCUUCACCAUGGUUUCGGAGCUGGUGAAGGUGUCCACCAUGUCCAGCCCCAAAAUCGUGCUGGCCAUCACUGACCUCAGCCUGCCCCUGGGCCGCCGCGUCGCUGCCAAGGCCAUCGCUGCGCUGUGAGGGGACAGUGCCUGCCCAGGGCACAUCCCUGAGCAUCCCAGGGCACCUCCCUGCCAACCUGGAUGCCUGGGAUGGCUUCUGUCACUGCAGCUUGGCCUCGCCCUGCCCAUGGGCUGCUCCCUCAGUGCCCGGAGCCAUCCCUGUGCUGACUCGUGAGGGCUUCGAGAAUGAGACGCCCCCAUGAUUUUUUCUAUUCUAUAAAUAAUUCAAUCCUUUUGUAGAACCA